AUGUUUCAGUUUUUCUGUUUGUUUGCGGUCGAGUGGUGUCUUUGGGAGGACGACGUCGUGGCCUGGGCCCUGCUCCGCUGGGAAGUGGGUUCCGGCACCUUCGUGCGUUCCAAGCUGGUUGCGAUCCACUUCAAUGGAGAAGAGGUUCCUGUCGUCCGACGAGGACGCCUCAACGCCCGGAGCGGAGAGGUCAUGGCUUUGCUCGGCGAGGCGCAUGCGACUCUGGAAGUGAAACGCAAGGAGGACCUUCAUUUGAACUUCAUUUGCGAACGGCUCAUGAAGGUUCUCACUGCUGAUGCCAUGGAGAAGUCAAUGUCUGCAGAGGCCCUCCGAAAAGACUAUGAAAACUUGAUUGCUGAGCAGAAGAUGAAGAAGGCUUCAAGUCAGAAGAGCAUAGGCCCACGCACUGCCAAGGAGACCCAGAAAAACAUCACGGUAGACUGGGCGCUUUCAGCAGUUGGUGAUGCCACAGGGCCCUACAAUUGGGCACUUUUGGAGCCUGAGAAGUUGGAGCUUCACAAUGCUGGCUAUGGUGGCAUUGUGGAGUCGGGGAUUCCAAGAAAUGGCCCGUACUGCACACGUUGA